GAAGGAGACGCGGCCGCGUGAGGACUAGGUGGUUUGAAAACACGCUCGGGGAGCGAGAGGCUGAGGCUGGUGGCGCACGCCGUCACCCCUUGGGCUUCUGCUCGGACGCUCUUUUCCUGUGCCUCCGCUCCCCGGUCCCGGCCGGGUCCUCAGCACUGAAGAAUGACCAAAAAAAGAAAACGCCAAGAUGAUUUUCAAAAAGUAAAACUAAAAGUUGGUAAAAAGAAACCCAAGUUAGAAAAUGCUACUGUUACAAACUUUAAAACUAAGACUAUACAUCUGCCUGAGCAACUCAAAGAAGAUGGAGCUCUUCCAACAAACAAUAGAAAGCUUAACAUAAAGGAUUUGCUGUCACAGAUGCAUCACUACAAUGCUGGGGUUAAACAAAGUGCUCUUCUUGGACUUAAAGACCUUUUGUCUCAGUACCCAUUUAUAAUUGAUGCACACCUUUCAAACAUAUUAAGUGAAGUGACUGCUGUGUUUACAGAUAAAGAUGCUAAUGUACGAUUAGCAGCAGUUCAACUUCUUCAAUUCCUGGCCCCCAAAAUACGAGCUGAACAAAUUUCUCCAUUUUUUCCUUUGGUAAGUGCCCAUCUCUCUAGUGCCAUGACUCACAUUACUGAAGGAAUUCAGGAGGACUCUUUAAAAGUUUUGGACAUUCUGCUGGAACAGUACCCAGCCUUAAUUACUGGCCGUAGCAGUAUAUUGCUUAAGAAUUUUGUAGAACUUAUUUCUCAUCAGCAGCUGUCCAAAGGACUGAUAAAUAGAGACAGAUCCCAGUCCUGGAUACUUUCUGUAAAUCCUAAUCGGAGACUCACUUCUCAGCAGUGGAGGCUGAAAGUCUUAGUGAGACUCAGUAAAUUCCUUCAGGCCUUGGCAGAUGGAUCCAGUAGGUUGAGAGAAAGUGAAGGACUUCAGGAACAAAAAGAAAAUCCCCAUGCCACUAGCAACUCCAUUUUUAUCAACUGGAAGGAACAUGCCAACGACCAGCAGCACAUCCAGGUUUAUGAAAAUGGGGGUUCACAGCCAAAUGUCAGUUCACAGUUCAGGCUACGGUACCUUGUUGGAGGACUAGGCAGUGUGGAUGAAGGCCUCUCAUCUACUGAAAACUUGAAAGGAUUUAUUGAGAUAAUAAUUCCAUUGCUAAUUGAAUGCUGGAUUGAAGCUGUGCCUCCGCAACUAGCUGCUUCUGUUGGAAAUGGUAUAGAACGAGAACCUCUGCAGGUUAUGCAGCAAGUUCUUAAUAUUAUUUCCCUUCUGUGGAAGCUCUCUAAACAACAUGAUGAAACUCAUAAAUUGGAGUCGUGGCUUCGAAAGAAUUAUCUUAUUGAUUUCAAACACCAUUUUAUGAGUCAUUUUCCAUAUGCCUUAAAAGAAAUAACCAAGCACAAAAGGAAAGAGACAAAUAAAAGCAUCAAGCAUUGCACGAUUCUCUCCAAUAAUGUAGAUCAUCUAUUACUGAAUUUAACACUGUCUGAUAUCAUGGUCUCCCUGGCAAAUGCCUCAACUUUACAGAAGGAUUCCAAUUGGAUAGAAAUGAUAAGGAAAUUUGUGACAGAGACCCUUGAAGAUGGCUUUAGGCUAAAUAGUAAGCAGCUGAACAGAUUGCUUGGGGUAUCAUGGAGGUUAAUGCAGAUACAACCUAACAGAGAGGCUACAGAGUCUCUCAUCAAGGCAGUUUAUACAUUAUAUCAGCAGAGGGGCCUUCUCCUUCCAGUUCGGACUUUGUUACUGAAGUUUUUCAGUAAAAUUUAUCAAAAAGAAGAACUGAGAUCUUACAGGCUCAGAUACCGUAGUAAGGUGUUAUCCCGUUGGCUGGCUGGCUUACCACUGCAACUUGCUCACCUUGGUUCCCGAAAUCCUGAGCUCUCAACACAGCUUAUUGAUAUUAUCCAUACUGCGGCAGCACGAGCAAAUAAAGAAUUACUAAAAAGUUUACAAGCUUCUGCUCUGCGAAUCUAUGAUCCACAAGAAGGCACUGUGGUGGUUCUCCCAGCAGAGUCUCAGCAGCGUUUGGUCCAGCUUGUAUAUUUUCUACCCAGUCUGCCUGCUGAUUUACUUUCUCGAUUAAGUCGUUGCUGUAUUAUGGGAAGACUCAGUUCAAGUUUGGCUGCCAUGCUUAUUGGGAUACUGCACAUGAGAUCAUCGUUUUCUGGAUGGAAGUAUUCUGUUAAAGACUGGUUGAUGAGUGACGUGGACUAUUUCAGCUUCUUAUUUUCAACACUUACAGGGUUUUCGAAAGAGGAGUUGACUUGGCUUCAGAGCCUUCGAGGAGUUCCUCAUGUCAUCCAGACACAGCUUUCCCCUGUGCUUCUUUACCUUACCGACUUGGAUCAAUUUUUACAUCAUUGGGAUGUAACAGAGACAGUUUGUCACAGUUUAUUGGUUAUUCCUGCCCGAAGCCAGAGCUUUGACAUCCUGCAGAGUGCCAUCAGUAAGCAUUUGGUUGGGCUGACUGUAAUUCCUGACAGUACAGCUGGCUGUGUUUUGGGUGUUAUCUGUAAGCUCCUGGACCAUACGUGUGUACUUAGUGAGACUCUCCUGCCAUUUCUGGCUUCUUGUUGCUACAGUCUUCUUUAUUUUCUGCUCACUUUAGAGAAAGGAGAAGCAGAACAUCUAAGAAAGAGGGACAAACUGUGGGGGGUCUGUGUCUCCAUCUUGGCUCUCCUGCCUCGAGUCCUCAGGUUGAUGCUGCAGAGCCUGCGGGUGAACAGAGCUGGGCCUGAGGAGCUGCCUGUUGUGGGCCAGCUGCUUCGCCUGCUGCUUCAGCACGCACCCCUCAGGACUCAUAUGUUAACCAACGCCAUCUUGGUGCAGCAGAUCAUCAAGAAUAUCACGACCUUGAAGAGUGGAGGUAUUCAGGAACAGUGGCUCACAGACUUGCAUUAUUGCUUCAAUGUUUAUAUCACUGGGCAUCCCCAGGGGCCCAGUGCGCUGAGUACAGUGUAUUGAGUACAGUAAGAGACAUCGUGGUACCUCCUGUUUGAAACUGUUUAUUCACAUCUAAUUUUGAAGAGAGACUGAUGUAAUGUUUGUCAUUAAAGUUGAACUUUUAAAGAAGUUUAUGAACCUUCCUUUAAGGUAGGAAAAUAAUGCAGGCUGGCUUCUGGGACUAGUACAUAAUACUUGCUUACAGGUGGUUAGUGUAUUUUGCAUUUCAUAGGAACUAAAUAUUUACAAAAUACAUAGUGAUAAUAUAGUAUCUUCUGUUAUUUAUCGAGAAAGUAGCAGAGUCUCUUUGUGUGGUCUUACCUCCGGUUCAUUCAGACAGCAGCAGAAACCAGUUUUUUAUUUGGGAAUAGUUGCCCUUCUCCAUCAUGACAUUCAGCUUCUGACUAUGGAGUCCUAUUAUAUACAGCAGUUUUCUCUCCCUCUCUGCAGGAGCAA